AUGGCCAUUGAGAUUGAAGGAUCAACAGAAAGGAUAAAUAGAACAUAUCGCUAUGUAUUACGUCUUUAUAAUGGAGAGACUCUAGAUGAAUGUGAAGAAAAGGUGAACAAAAUUCUCUCCAGCAUUGUGAAAUCAUAUAAAAUAGAGCACAUUAAAGCUUUCUCUUUUCGGGGUUAUCAUACUGAAAAAAAGUCAUAUUUACGAAUUUAUACGAAUGGUACUGGAGAGAGAAAGAAAGCUAUUCAAGCUAUCCAAGAAAAUAAUUUCGAAACUGCUUCAGAUGAUUUAUACUCAUUCUAUUGA